AUCUGAAUGAAUGCGGCACAAAUCCGGAUAUCCGCUGGCAUUUUCCGACCUUUGGAAGUGUUAGAAAACGAGCACGGUGUUAGUCUUGGAGUCUGGUGACGGUUACGUGUGAGCUCGCAGCCAGAGUAAAACCGGCAUGUGGAAUGGUCCGAGAUCAGCCCCUCGGGGAGGCCCACCUUUCGGUGGAAAUCCCAGGGGUGACAUGUUUGAGGGCAGAGAUGGACCCAUGCCUGAUUUUAGGGGCAGAGAUGGGAUGAAUAUGGGCCCCAGGCCUCAGGACCGCCCUCCAAUGGACAUGCGGCGUUUUGAUGGUCCUCCAGAUAUAAGGGGUCAAGAUAUGGACCCCCGCAAUAUGGAUUUACGUGGACGAGAUGGGCCAAGGGACUUCUUCAGACAAGGAGAAGAAACCGACCUGACCCUUAGGAGAAGAUAUGAGAUUGAAAUUAGGAGCAAAUUGCAAAAUGCUGGUAGUUUCCCUGGUGGUCAAGGCCGUCACCAAAUGGAAAUGGAUGGAAGAGACAUGCCAGGAGGAAACAUGAAUGACGGCAGAUUUAUGGACAUGAGGGAAAGGGAACGGAUGGGAAUGGACAUGCCUGGAUUCAACCCCAUGGACCAGAGGAGGAGACAUCCAGGUGAACAAAUGGGUAGAAAUGAUGGUUUCAGAGACAUGCGUGACAGGGACAGACCUCGGAUGGGCAUGGACGACAUUGACGGUUUCAGAAUGGACAUGUCUCAACCUGAUCGAGGGAAGAUGGACUUUGAUCGAAGAGGUGGAAUGCUUUCAAUGAACAACAGGGGGAGGUUUGAAUCUGACAUGGACAUGAGGAGCCGUGUGGGGCCCUCAGGUGAGUUUAGAGAUAAGGACAGGGACAGAUCUCCUCUCCGGUUUGGAGAUAAGGACAGAAUGCCAGUGGAAGGAAGAGGAAGACCUGAUGGGCCCCCUGAUCCAAGCAGACCAUCACUCCGACCUGGAGACACCCUCAGAGAUAGAGAAUUCCCUGAACCAUUAGACAGCUCCGUUGGCUUCAAGGGCAGGGAGAACGAGUCUCCGUCAGAAGAGUGGCGAAGCAACAACAACAACAAUGCGAAAGACAAGGAUUCUUUCCCAGGCUUGAUGAAUCGAGGGCUGCCUCCAUUUUCAAGAGAAGCACAGUCAGAAAGAUUUUUCCCUGGUCGAGGUAGAGAUGGAAGAGGAGAGCCUUUUAAUAUGGAUAGAGACAGGCGAUCUGGUGAGUUUCCAGAAAAAGAUGAGCCAUUCAUAGGUUUACCUCGAUCAGAAAGAGAUGCCAAAGUUCCUGAGAAUUUCCCUGGAAGAAAUCCACUCAAAAGUGGGCUUGAGCAGACCUUCCCUCCGGUGAAUCCUGCGUUGAUUGCCCCAAAUAGGGAUAAGGAUGGUAAGCCAUGGUCAAGGGAAUUAGAUGCUCAGUUAGAUCGAAGUGCACCAAACCUUGGUAGGCCUCCAUAUACUCCAGACAAGAGCCUAAUGUCGGUGCCGAAUGUCGAGAAUCGUUUUCCAAAUGAUCGCACACCCUUUAAGGGAUUAAAAGAUACUCCUCAACCAUCCUCGGGUAGAGGGAUUUUGGGCCCUUGUCCAGAAGGAAUGCAAAGAAAUAGUGGAGCAGACCGUAGAGACCAGGACUACAGAGACAUUGACUACAGAACUGCUUCUGGGCGAGCAUAUGACUACAACCUUUCGGAUCUUCCUGGAACCGAAAAGGACAGAAAAGAACCCAGGCUGCCUCCACCUCAGAGAUCCAGUAAUGCAGGCUCCCAGGAUCAAGAUUACAGGAGUGCAUCUGUUGAGGAUAAAGUUUCCAACACCAUCUCCAUUUCUGGGAUUCCCAAGACUGCCACAAUGGAGCAGAUUCUUGGUGCUUUUGCUGUCCGUGAUGGUGUUCCAAUGCAAGGCAUGAAGAUCAAGAAUGUUGUCCCAGGUUACAGCUUCGAUAUGGCCUAUGUGGAGUUUUUAAACCUGGAGGAUGCUGUCCACUUCAUGGAGUCCAACCAGGGUUCAUUGAGGGUUGGCAAUACGACGGCUCUGAUGAAAUACGUUCAGCCUGACCGAAGCGCCAAAGACACUAAGCCACAGGAGCCACCUCGGAAACCGGCCCAGGUACCCGAGGACCCCACCCCAGCCCGCCCGUCCCCUCAACCCAAAGCCACCCCCAAACCGGACGAGCCACGGUCCAAGCCUGCUGCUGACCCUGCCCCAAAGACCACGUGGCAGCGCAGCUCUGACCUCACACCGGAGGCAUGGCAGCAGCAGGUGGACCAGCAGCUCCAGCAGCAGGAGGCCGAGCUGAAGGCCGAGGCUUGGGCCAACUCUCGAAACUCCUCACGGCACCCCCCUCGCGAUCUGGAUCCUGUCUUUAAGGAGAGCAAGACCAUGAUCAUUAAAAAUCUGAAGAACACCACCACUGUGGAGAUGAUUCUGAAGGCACUGGAUCCAUAUGCCUACCUGGAUGAGAGAAACGUCCGAUUGGUCCGUAGCAAACCAAACGGAUGCAAAUGCUUCUGCUUUGUAGACAUGGACUCUCAUGAGCAAGUCACUCGUCUUGUUGACAUGCUGACCAGGGCGCGGCCCGUGAUGGUGGACGGUGUUCGAAUAUAUGCGGAGGUUGCCAAACCGCUCAAGAACCAGAACAGCUACAAGAGGGAUUAUGAUAAAUCUGGCUCCUCCAUCCUGGGCUAUCCUCCAGAAGUGUUGGAGCAUCAUCAGCAGAUGCAGCAACAGCAGCAGUACUAUCAGCCCCAGCCCCUCCGUGGCUCUUUGGGUGGUGCACUUGCUGGAGUCCAAGGUGACAUGACCUUGCCAGGCAGAGACACCGCCAAGACCGCUGCCACUGCCAUCGUGCAGCACGCUGUGGGCUAUCCAGAUGCCUCUGCAGUGGAGCUCCCCUACCAGGCCCCAAACCCGGCCGUCGUGGCUGCCGCUGGGACCGUGGCGCAGGGGAGUGCCUCUCAGCACGCGGAACCUUACGGCUUCGGCGCCGAAACUCCUGAUCUGUCUGCCUACCUAUAUGACGCCACAUCUGGCUUCUACUACGAUCCCCAGACCACACUGUACUAUGACCCCACCUCCAGAUAUUUCUACAAUGCAGAGACACAGCAGUACCUCUAUUGGGACAGCGCCUCAAAGACCUACAUCCCAGUGGCAGGCUCCACUAUGGAUGGCCAGGCCAGCAACCCCGUGCCUGCCCUCCCCGGGGAUAUAUCGGUCCCCUCGGCCUCCGCUGUUGUGCCGGCCCCUGCCGCCGCCCCUCUUGCCGCCGCCGCUCUGCCCUCCGUGGACGAAAACGCCCAGAGGGCCCUGGAGGACGCCGAUGCCGCCGGACGCUCUGACAAGAAGGAGAAGGAGAAAGAGGACAAACCCAGAAGCCUGGCUGCCUUUAAGAUUAUGAAAGACAUGGAACGCUGGGCAAAGAUCCAAAACCGGCAGAAGGAGAGCGUCCGUUCCCCCUCUCCUGUUCUGAAGAUGCCUGGGGGUGGCGAUGACCAGAGGUCCUCUAAAGCAGCUGAUGCAGCAUUUGCCAUCUUUGAAAGAAAGGUCUCUGGUGGAGAUGAUCUCUUCAAGAAGCCUCUAGCCCCACCCAAGAAAGAGGACAAAGCAUCCAAGCGUGCAAUGGGCUCGCUGGGCCUGCUCGCAGCCGACUAUGGGGCAGGAAGUGAUGAGGAGGAGGAGGAGCGGCACGUGGAGAUGUCGGUGCCUUCCAAGAGCCAGCCAGAGGAUAAGGAGGACAAGCUGACCGACUGGAAGAAGAUGGCCUGCCUGCUGUGCAGGAGGCAGUUCCCCACCAAGGACGCCCUGAUCCGCCACCAGCAGCUGUCUGACCUGCACAAGCAAAACAUGGAGAUCCACUUGAAGAUCAAGAAGUCCAAAAAAGAGCUUGAGGCUUUAGAGAAUCAGGAGAAAGAGGUGAGAGACUUGCCUCUAAACUCAAAUGCCUUGAUCUCACGAACGGAACCUCCAGCCAGCUGCUCUAAGUCUGAUUGCGUCCCGCAGUUGAAUGCCAGAGGGCCGAGCGUUUCACCAGAGAUGAAGAGGAGGAAGUACCAGCAGCAUCAGCACCAGAAUUCGUGGGCUGGUGGAUCCAGAGACUCACACAAAGGCAGUGAGAGGCCUGGCCUGGGCUCCGAACCAGUAGAGAGGAAGAAGAAGGACCCUGUGGCGUGGGACCAUGCCACAUACAAGCAGGCCGUACGCAAGGCCAUGUUUGCCCGCUUCAAGGAGCUAGACUGACAGCUGGCUGCAGCAGAGAGCUUGAAUGGGUCAGGCUGAAACAGAAUUGGAUGUGUGGGUGCACAUACACAAAAAAGAUCUUUUUUUUUUCAUCCAGUAUACCAUUUAUCCUGAAGCUUGACUGCUCCCAAACACAGCUCUAUGUUGGAUUGUGUAUAGCAAAGAGAGAGAGAGAGAGUGUGUGUGUGUGUGCGUGCGUGCUGUUGAAUCCACCACCAUUAAGAAUCAAGCCUCCUUGUUACAGUUGGUUUAGUUCCAUGUGAGAUUUUUUUUUUUUAGGUUAUGUGUUUUACCUCUUACUUAAUUUGAACUUUGUACUAUAUGUUCCUUAAGUUGCUCUUUUUAAUGUAAUGCUAUAUGUGACAUAAAUGCGUGUUCAAUGAGGUAACUCCUUGCUUCUCAUGUGAAACACACUGAUUGUACAGAGCCAAUAAAUGUUGUUAAGAUAUACUGA